AUGGAGUCGGAUGGUCGAUCUUUAACAUGCAAGCGGCGCUCGUCAGAUAUUUUGCUGAAUGCUACCCAAAUAAAAAGGCAAGGAAGCAGUUCUCUUUCAUUUUCCGUUCUUCUAGAUGGUGACAAUGGCAACGGUUCAAUGAUUGUAACAGCCAAGCAACGUUUCGAUCGUGAAGCUGAAUUUCCCGGCAAGCAACUGGAAAUUCCAUUAAUCCUGAAAGAUUGCUGUGGUUUGCAGUCCGAGCGCUCCGUUUAUGUAAUCAUCGGUGAUGAGGUAUCGUCUGAGAGCUAA